CAGAUUUUCUUUGAAUGGCAUUUGGAGGCUGACACUUUCCUGAACAUUUGCAGCUCUGUGGUAUCAGACCCUGAAGAAGAAACCUGUAGCUGGGGACACCACAUCCUUCUUUCAGUGUGCCAUAUUAAGGAGUGGCACAACCAAUUCCUUGGAGGACUCUAGGAAGGCAUGAAGAAAGGUCUAGCUUUCUCUUGUGAUUGCUGAUAUUUGAGACCCACAAGUCUCCCCAUGGCACCUUAUCAGAUCCGCCACUACCAGGAGAGGGACUAUAAGCUGGUUGUGGGCUUGUUCUCCAGAGGCAUGAUGGAGCACAUCCCUGCCGCCUUCCGCUACACGCUGCUGCUGCACAAGACCCUCCUGUUUUUAUUUGCGAUGCCUCUAACCAUAGUCCUGGUGUCUGGCUCCUGGCUGCUGGCUGUUAUAUGCGUCUUCUUUCUGCUCCUACUCCUGCGGCUCCUUGCCGGACAGCCCUUCAAGAACUAUGUGACCCAGUGUUUGCAGACAGACAUGGCUGACAUCACCAAGUCUUACCUGAAUGCACAUGGCUCCUUCUGGGUGGCUGAGUCUGGGGGGCAGGUGGUGGGCACAGUGGGUUGUCUGCCAGUCAAGGAUCCUCCGUUAGGGAGGAAGCAGAUGCAGCUGUUUCACCUCUCUGUGUCCUCACAGCAUCGAGGACAGGGGAUAGCAAAGGCACUGGUCAGAACUGUCUUCCAGUUUGCACGGGACCAGGGCUGCAGUGAUGUUGUCCUUGAGACCAGUAUCUUACAGCAAAGUGCUAUAACCCUCUACGAGGCUAUGGGAUUCCGAAGGACAGGAAAAUACUCAGAGGUCAGCAUUAUCAAAUGGUUAAUUACAUUUUCUGUAAUUCAUUUCACAUAUUCUUUACCUUCUACUCAGAAACAUGAGCGAUAAUCUUAUCUCUUACCAUAUAGAUCAGGUUCCAAUUAGUGUAAUGUAACAAAUAAUAAAAGCAUAUUUUUCAUGC